GAACCGGAACCUUUUCUAGAAAAAAAAUCGCUUCAACUGUGUUGCUCUGUCUGCAAUAGUAACAAGAGCAGCGGCGGUUUACAGCGUUAUGACAACAUCUGGCAGGAUCGUUCCCAUGUCUGUAACGGGGUCGGAAAACGAGGAGGACACAACAGCUGACCAUGUUCUCUCUCUUCUUUUAUAAGCGGUCACAAGCAACAUGGUUAUUGCGUGGGCUGGGCAGACUCGAGGGUUUACUAAACAUUGCUAGAGUCGUGAUAUAAGCAGGAAAGGAGGGGAGUCUUAAAACAAGAAAGCUAACAGGCUACACAGCCUUUCCCCUCCAGUUUGCAAAUGGCUUUGCAUUGCUGGUUCAGCUAGCUGGGACCGGACGAGGCUGCAUAAAUGAUCGCAUAUUCACAUUCUGCCGUCGUGGUUCCUCCCUUGCCGCCCCAAGCCCUCUCGCUCCGCCGCAGCGUCGUGCUCGCGUUUGAACGCAUCUGAAGGAAAGCGGAACGUAUUCGACGGAGGCUGGAAGAUGGGCAACACCACCUCUUGCUGUGUGUCGUCAAGCCCCAAACUCCGGAGAAAUGCCCACUCGCGGCUCGAGUCGUACCGCCCUGAACCGGAGCUGAGCCGCGAGGAUACGGGCUGCAAUCUGCAACAUAUCAGCGACAGGGAGAACAUGGACGAUCUGAAUAUGGAAUGCAACCCCUCUGACCAUCCCAGAGCGAGCACCAUCUUCCUCAGCAAGUGCCAGACGGACGUUCGAGAUAAGCGGAAGAGCCUCUUCAUGAAUCAUUUAACACACAUUUUGGAGACUAAGCAUCCCCGGGGACGAGCGGAGAGGAAGUACAGCUCCUGCUCCACUAUUUUCUUAGAUGACAACACGGUCAGCCAGCCCAACCUCAAAUACGCCAUCAAAUGUGUAGCUCUGGCAAUAUAUUACCACAUAAAGAACAGAGACACAGAUGGAAGAACGCUGUUGGACAUUUUUGACGAGAAACUCCACCCGCUAACGAAGUCUGAGGUGCCGCCGGACUACGACAAGCACGACCCGGAGCAGAAGCAGAUUUACCGCUUCGUCAGAACCCUCUUCAGCGCGGCUCAGCUGACCGCCGAGUGCGCCAUCGUUGCCCUGGUGUACCUGGAAAGGCUGCUGACGUACGCGGAGCUGGACAUCUGUCCGUCAAACUGGAAGCGCAUCGUCCUGGGGGCCAUCCUGCUGGCCUCCAAGGUGUGGGACGACCAGGCCGUGUGGAACGUGGACUACUGCCAGAUCCUCAAGGACAUCACGGUGGAGGACAUGAACGAACUGGAGAGGCAGUUCCUGGAGCUGCUGCAGUUCAACAUUAACGUCCCGUCGAGCGUUUACGCCAAGUACUACUUUGACCUGCGCUCGAUGUCCGAGACCAACAACCUGAGCACCCCAGCCGAGCCCCUCAGCCGCGACAGGGCGCAGAAGCUGGAGGCCAUCUCCAGGCUGUGCGAUGACAGGCUGAAGGACGUGAGGAAAGCGGUGAAGAAGCGCUGGCUGAGCGCGGAGAGCGUGGCGGUGCCACGGUGGGUCCCGGCCAUCGUAUCCUAACAGGCCCCGCCCACCCCGCACGCCGCAGCACGAGCCAGGCCACCUGGACCGCACCUGGAGCUCACCUGGAGCUCACCUGGAGCCACCUGGAGGAGACUGAGGACCUUCUGAGCCCGAAGAGGAGCUCGGACCUGAGCCUCACAGAGGCAGCCUCUGAUUGGACCACGGAUUCUGUUGCUAUAGCAGCAGGAGGGGAGGGGGAGGGGGAGGGGCCAGCCUCUGCGAGGGAAGCCUCUUUUUUCCCCUCACCCCUGGAGGAAUAGCGCCCCCUGCAGUUCAUGCGGUGGCGAGCGCAUUUCGCUGAGUUGGGGGCUGUGCAGUAAGAGAAGAUGGGAGGUGCUGUUUUAUAACUGUGUAGGCUACUGGUCACCUGACGUCUGAAGACUGGCACUAAUGAGGACAGAACUGAAAUGGUUGUUUUUUUGUUGUUUGGUCCUGUGAUUGUAAUGGGUUUCUUUACUGGACUGAACAUUCCCUCUGCAGCACAAGCUGUAUGUGUGGAGACAGCGCACAGCCUAACAAGUCACCUGACCCAAACUGAGCCCCCCCCCCCCCCCCUCCCCCCACUGUCGAUAACUUUAUUUUUUUAAUGAAUCGUUGCUUUUCUUCCAUGUAUCUAGGACCAAUGAUUACCAUGCCAUGACCAUACCAGAUUUAUUUUAAUGUUAAUUUUCUAUUGAAAAGCAGCAUAUCCUGAAGCUGGAUUCAAAAUGGUGUAUGUUCAUGUAUGGGAGCCACAGAACUCUGGCUGGCACAAAAAAAAAAGAAAAAGAAAAAAUUCUGAAUAUAUUUGUUUGUCCCCGGAUCCUAACCAAAAUUCCCUUUCAGUUUUAUUUGUUCCUCCCCACUGUGCUGUUUACAAAUGUUUUAUCAAAGAGUGGAGUUGUGAGGAAGUUGAGUGAAGAGAUUAGCGCGGACUCUUCUAAAGUUGUUAUGGCAACAACCAUCAGGAAACAGAUGGUUAGUGUGAAAUGGAGUUCCCGCUUCUGGAGCGUCCCCUUACCUCCCGUGAUGCAGUGCAGCUGGCGGCCGGUUAGCCAGUGCUGCCCAGAACCCGCAGUGGAGGAGAGACGGGAGGGAAAAGUCACAAAAGGCGGACGUGUGAAGACUGUGGUCCUUCACCACACAAAGUCCCCAGAAAUCAGGUCUCUGUCAGAGUUCACUGACACACACUCCUCUGGCCCAGGCCCAUUAGCCAAAACCUGGGUGCCCUGUCAGAGGGAAGGAUUCAGCCUUGGUCUGGCCUGGAGAGAGCCCAAACUGCCUCCUUGUAACGCUUACUCAGUUUACAGAGAUGGGGAGGGGGAUCUGGAUCUUCAGCACAACUCUCACUCUGCUGGAGAUCCAGUGGAUCUUCAGCACAACUCUCACUCAUCUGGAGAUCCACUGGAUCUUCAGCACAACUCUCACUCUUC